CUUUUCUUCAGCUUUCUAUCCUUAUCAUGGUUUACACUAAAGAAUAUAAAGAGAUCAUUAGCUUUGAAUAUCCUUGUUAUAUUUGUGGCAAUAUUCUUAGUAGGGCUAGAUUAGUCAUUGAUCAUGUUAAACGUGUUCAUGGCUAUGAACUUCCUGUUCGUCAUGUUGGCUAUCAUCGUCCUGUCGAUCCCGAGUAUGAAUUCCAAAAUGAUCCAAACGGUAAAGCCGACAUUAUUCAUUAUGCUUGUGCUUCUUGUUGGUUUCAUUGCCCUGAGGCUGGUUUAGGUGAGCUUGCUGAGCACUAUGAAAAUGCUCAUCAUCCGAAAAAUAUUGAGCCAUCCAAGAA